GCCUCUGAAGAGACAGGAGAAAUCAAGCACUGGCAAGUGAAACAUCGCCGAAGCUGUUCUUCUCAUCCCCCAUUCAUCAUCAUCGCCGUUGUCGACGAAGAGGGAGGAAAAGGCUUGCAGCAUAUCUGCGAGGGUGUGUAUGUUCCCGUUAAUUAGCUGCUAAUUGACCGGUGAGCACCGUCAAGCUCUAGCUUGUACGCGAGACAUUGACAAUGGAACUCGCAGAGCUUCUCUGAAUUCCCCGCCUAUCUUUCUUUCGUCCCUAGGAGGACUUUAUGCUCUUACAGUCGCCACUCUUUCUAUCCUCACAGUCCUUCGUUAUUGCUAGCCAUGCCUGCAACUCGCAGACAUCAUCUACACAUCGCCCGUCAACCCCAGGACAUUCCUGAAGUUCCUGAUCUUGAGGGCGUGGGUGGAACCAUUUCCGUCACUGCAAGUGCAGCAGCGACAGGAUCUCUCCUUCUUCCUUCCGGUGCCCCUGGGGCCACGUCCGUCUCUGCCCCGCCGCUUGCUGCUAAUCCAAUCACCCUCACGACUACGCCUUCAGAUACGCCGUCCGCCACAUCGCUUGCACCGUCAUCUACACAAUCAGUAGCUCCUCAGUCUGCUUCAUCCUCUUCCGCGCUCUCUGUUGGAACCGUUGUUGCGGCAUGCGUCGGAGCUUUCGUUGGCGCAGGUCUUCUCAUCUGCCUUCUGCUUUGGUGGUGCAGGCGACCCGCUGGACAAAAGUCUCGUGCACGCUCAGGUACCCUUAACGCCCGCAACGCCCAAGGGGAAAUUGACCAGCGGCGUGCUCGCGGUCGCAGUUGGAACCAAUUGGGUGAUGAGGAGGACAGAUGGGAGGGAAUGUCAGGAACAAGCAAGCAUGAGAGUCAACAGGACAUUGACGAGAAAAACUUCGGCAUGUUCAAGAAGACGAAUAGCAUGCGUACCACUCGUACUGCGAGGGCCUUGGAAGAACAUGGUUUCGACCUCCCGCCUCUCGAGUUCUCCAAAUACCAUCCUCAGCUUGCUGAAGAGCUUGCGCAACCCGAGAAGCCGUUCGUCACUCGCCAGAACAGUGCCGCCAUCUCUUGGGAUGGAGAGACUGUUGGCGACGACUCUUUCCUGUCCUUGCGUUCUGUACGCGUCGACUCCGGCGCCAUGUCGCCAACGCUCAAUAUGGCAAAGAUGACGCCGCCCGCCGUCAGUUCUGUCAUACAUAAAUGGGAAUCAGCAGAAGUCAUCACUGUUGAGGAGCCAGUUGCUAAAGCGCAGAAUCCCUUCACGGACGCCGCUGAGGAGCGGAGGAAAAGCGGUGCCAAUCCGUUCUUUGGGGCUCAGGAUAUCAAGCGGACACCUAGUCGUGGUCGAAGCCGGAGCAACAGUCGUAGCAGUCGUCACAGUCGUAACACCAGUCGGGCUACUACUCGCAGCCGAGCCGUUAGUGAAAGCCAUCCUGACCCAUUCACCGAUGAUGCGUUGGCUGGUAUCCCUAAUUUCAAGGGCCAUCUCCAUACCGAAUCCACUGGGAGCAACCUAGGCUCCGAGCAUGCCAUGAAGUCACUUAUCGCUGCUUUGAACUUGACCCAGGAGGAAGUGGAAGAACGGCUGCGUGUGGCAUCCUUCCACCCCUCGAUCAGCACUCGUUACUCUGGCACGUCGGUUAUAACGGACGACCAAGACGACGCUGUCACUAUCCGUGGCUUCCCGGCGCCUCCCACACAUUAAGCCCUGUCACCUCGCACCCCGCUCUGAUGUUCGUAUCAUGAGUUUGCGUCAUUUCGACCUCUCGAACACUCUAUGCCUCGUCCUUGCCCCCGUUCCCGUUGCCGAUGCGCUACCGGCCUGCUAUUUACCCUUGGUGGGCAGCUAACACCUUCCUUUCCUUACCCUGACUGCCCAUCCGGUUUUCCUAUUUGCGAUCCGAGAUCCCUGUACGAUGCUUUGACUAUUCAUUUCGAACCCUCCCACCUCAGAGCUUUUAUCCUUAUCUUAGUUUUAUUCCGCUCGAGUAUCUAGUUGGCCCAUCCUGAUUCCCCCAUUACUUUGUUAUUUUCUUCCGCUGAUACCUUUUCGUUUCUGCCUGUAUAUUUCCAUUAUUGUCAUCGUCAGUUGGACAUCCAUCCUCGCGCUCCGCUGACACCCCCCUUAUUUAUGAAGCGGUUGGAUUACCGUUGUGUUUGUCUUGGAGUAGGGGUGUUUUUGGCCGUAUGGCUACUUUCGUCCUCCCUGUUUCGUUGUAGAGAAUAGGAAAAUGCAUCACGCUUUCUUUUUUGCACUUAUUGUACUUGAGCAGCUUAGGUCUCAAAGCCAUAUACCGAAUCUUUGGAUAGUUGGACAGGAUGUCAAAAUUCAGAUAUCGUCGGACUGAUCUGCCCGUUCUAGGGAAGAACCAAAGUCAGUUACGGUAUGAUACUGUAUCAA